CGCCCCGCGCGGCGCACAGUCGGCCCCGAGCUUCACGCGGCGCGCGCGCAACCCAUGCUAGUGAAAGGCCGCAUGACUCACACCAGACAUGAACGAGUACGCCGAAUUCGAUUGGAGGGUGCACCAAAUGCAGAACGAGCGUCUCUGUGACGUAUCCAGGAAAAGACUCACCGACGGAGACAGACAACGCGCCCUUGACGGCCUCAAAGAAGCCGUCGACUCGAGCCUUAACCUCGCGUUGCGCGAUAAAAGCCGAUGCCAAGACGACCACUUUUUGCGGCGGUUCCUCUAUGCCAGCAAGUUCGACGUUCAGCAGAGUUUCGAGUUACUAGUCCGUUACCAUCAAUAUCGUCGGGAGCACCCUGAACUGUGGGCGCCGGCGGACGGGGGCGUGCUCCGAGCCCUCGCCGACGGCCUACCAGGCGUGCUUGCACAACGUGACCGGAGGGGGCGCUGUGUUCUACUUAUGUUUGCCUCGAACUGGACACCCCACGCUUGUCCGUUAGUGUCCGUUUUUAGGGCGCUGUUACUAACAUUGGAACGCACUCUUGUCGAGACACAAAACCAAGCAAACGGAUACGUUAUGAUUGUUGAUUGGACCGAGUUUACAUUCAAACAAUCGUGUAGUUUACAAGCAAAGACUCUGAAAAUGAUGAUUGAUUGUCUUCAGGACUGCCUGCCGGUGCGCUUCAAAAGUAUCCAUUUUAUCGGACAGCCUUGGUACGUGGAGACCGCAUUGGCCGUUGUGAAACCUUACCUGAAAGCAAAGACGAGAGAACGGAUAGUGCUUCAUGGCAACAAUUUGUCGACUCUGCACGACUCUUUACCGCUGGAUAUACUCCCAGCGGAAUUGGGAGGUGAAGGACCUUCCUACAACUCGGAGGUAUGGUUGCAACAAUUCUGCAGAUUCGAGAACAUAGACACGCCACCUGCUCAAGUGUCGACGAAGGUGGCUAAAGAUAAAGAACUUCCAGCGGCAAAAGUGGACAAAGCGUAUAAGCAAAAGGACAAUGGGAACUUUUCAAACGGCAAUGAAAAAAGUGCAAAGUCAGAAUUACUACGCGAUAAAGAUUGAUCACACAAAGAUCGCAUCACUACUUGGUUCCAGUGGACAGUUGUGCAUUGGGGCGUGUCGCCCCAUAUUGGUGCUACGCGUGCCUUUUGUGAUAUGAAGUGUUAUAUUUAACGAGUUUAGCUAUUAAGAGGAUGUUUUUAUGCUUAUAUUCGGUAUUGUGCGAUUACUUGACGUGUUCAAAUUAAUUAUUGGCGUCGCUUCACGGUCGUUAAAGAUGUGAGUCAAGCGAAAUAGUCUGUACAUGGACUCAUCCCUGUGCAGCUAACGGUUACGAGCUCUCAAUACGCCUCGUGUGUGCGUCUAUAUGAACUCUAAGAUAGAUAGUUUAAGAUCUAUUUAUUUAUGCGCUAAUCGGUGACAAUCUCAUGUUUGAUAGCAUGCUUAUGUUGUGAGGCUUUCGCAUUUAUUAUUAUAAGUUAUGGAAUAGUCAUAUGGAGUACAUGAUUGACAGUAUUAGAUUUUGUCCGUUGGUUGGUAUCGAAGCUCUCUCAUAGACUUCCCGUCCAUUGUAGUCCGUAGAAUUUAAUAGGGCUGUCAAAACGAGCCAAAUUGUUUCCUAUUAUCUUUGUAUACCCAAGAUACUCAUUGUGAUGUCUUAUUGUUAAUAUUGAAGCAAUAAACUUUUUAACUGUA